UGAGCGAAAGGCGAGGCGACCAAUGGGAGAGGCGGUCCCGGAGCGAGGGCGGGGCGUCUCCAAGGCUCCGUCGGCGUGGCGAAGAGGGAAGCCAGGGUUGGUUGAGGGCGCGGGAAGAAGGAAGCAGCGAUGGUGGCGGGACGACGGUUCCGCCUCGUCCUCCGCUCUGGGCGCCCGCGCUCCGCUUCCUAGCCGGGGAGGCCGCUCGGGUUCCGGGCCGGCCAUGGCGGGCCUUCCGCGGCUUCUGCUCCUGGUCUUCUUGGCCGCCGGACCGCUGUGGUCCGCGGCGGAGCCAGAGGCCGGCAACGAGCGAGAGCCGCCGCCUCAGCAGGAGCAGCAGAAGCCCCCUCCGCCUCAGCAGCAGGAGCCACAGCAGGCGGCGGCGCAAGGGCUGGAAGUCGCCCGGGCUGAGAAAGUGCCCACCCCUGUUGCUCCCGUUCAUCCUGUCAGUGAAGAUUCUACAGAGAAGACUAACUUGGGAUUCAUCCAUGCAUUUGUAGCUGCCAUUUCUGUCAUCAUUGUCUCUGAACUUGGUGAUAAGACUUUCUUUAUUGCAGCCAUCAUGGCAAUGCGUUACAAUCGCUUAACAGUGCUAGCUGGGGCUAUGCUUGCCUUAGGGCUGAUGACUUGUUUAUCAGUUUUAUUUGGCUAUGCCACCACUGUGAUCCCCCGAGUAUACACCUACUAUGUGUCAACAGCCCUGUUUGCCAUUUUUGGCAUCCGAAUGCUUCGGGAAGGCCUGAAGAUGAGUGCAGAUGAGGGUCAGGAAGAGCUUGAGGAAGUUCAAGCAGAACUCAAGAAGAAAGAUGAAGAACUGCAGAGAACAAAACUGUUAAAUGGGCCUGGAGAUGUGGAAACAGGAACUGGUCCAGCUAUGCCUCAGAGGAAAUGGCUGCAUUUUAUUUCUCCAAUUUUUGUGCAAGCUUUUACUUUGACGUUCUUAGCAGAAUGGGGGGACCGCUCCCAGUUAACAACAAUAGUUCUGGCAGCAAGAGAGGAUCCCUAUGGCGUGGCAGUGGGGGGAACAGUUGGACAUAGUUUGUGUACUGGCCUCGCAGUGAUUGGAGGGCGAAUGAUAGCACAAAAAAUUUCUGUCCGGACUGUGACAAUCAUAGGAGGCAUUGUUUUCUUAGCAUUUGCAUUCUCUGCACUAUUUAUAAGCCCAGAUGCUGGUUUUUAAUGAGGUGCUUUUCCUGUUACUGGAAAGACUGAGAAUUCAGAGCAACAAUUCUGUCCUUUCUGCCUGUAUAUAAUGUACAGAUACUUAGUCAAAGAAGCACUGAAGUUGAGAUGCUGUAAUUUUUAUAGUAACACUUCAUGGACACAGCGUGUGCUGCAGAUCUGUUUCCUCUAAAUAUUUGGGAUGUGAAUAAUGUUUUCUCAGGUGAACUGAGGUCCACCUCCUGAAAUGGGAUUUUGCUACUUUACCUAAAGAUUGCCACUAGCCAUUGCCUAAAGAUCCCAUUUGGACGAAUUACUGCUGCCCAUGGCUAGCAGUCAUGCCUUAUAAAGUGUCUAAUACUAAAUAUCAAGGAGAACCUUUUGCCUCUGAUCUUGCAAUCCAAGCACAUUAUUCCACGAUCAAAACCGAAAGUAGGGGAAUGAAGAGCUGCUCUUCAGGCUAAGCUCUCCUACACAAGAAUUUGUAAAUGCCUAAAUUUGUAACCAAUGUCUAUGUGGUGAAUCAGGUUAUUUUGGUAUGGAAUGUGCUAUUCAGAACUUAAAUGUAUUCAAAUACACAGUCCAUCUAGGUAUUUACCAGAUAAAAUCUUUUUGUAUUUAUGCUAAACAUUGGUUGCAUUUCUAGGUUAAUGUACUUGUUGAGUUUUCCUUUUAGUACUAAACUAUAAUAAUAUUUAAGAACACGAAUAAACUAGAUGUCAUCAGAUGUAAUAACAGCUUAAUUCAGGGGAAAAUAUUGGGUAGUAAAUUUAUUAUCAGGAUGUUUUACUGUAUAAAACAUUACCUUUUGACUACCUGCAGUGUUUCUGAGCUCAUUUUUCUGUGAUUUCUUUUUUGGGAAAGGUUGCUAUUCCACCUAUUUAAGUCAAUUCUAUCAUGACUUCAGUUUGACAGUUGAACUGUCCUUUUCUAAAUAGUCUAAAACAAACAUUUCUGAGUACUGUAAUUGCAGUAGUUCAAAUGCUAGAAUUAGUGUAUGCAUAUUCAAUAUGAACAGUAUAGCAGCAGUAGGAAACAAAACACCUUUCCAAAACAGGGGUGUAAACACACAUUGUACAACUCGUAGUUUAAAAACCGGAUUAAAUAGCCAAAGAGCGAAUAUUACUGUAUGUAUAAUUCAUCAGGAUGGAGUGAUUACUUGAAAAAUAAAAAAACUUUGUAAAGCUGA